CACAUAGUAACACGAUACUUUAUUAGACAACACAACUUCUUUUCCACGUUUCAUUUAUAAAGUUAAUUUGAAAAUUGUUAUUGGUUGUAAAGUAUUAUAAGUAAUAAGCUAAUAUGGUUCCUGGUGCCCUUAGAAAUAACUUAAGACAAAAUAUAUAUAAGAAGGAUGCGAAACUAUGAUACUUUAGAUUUCGUAUUACAAGUUUAAAAGUGUAGAACAUAUUAUGUGUUGUUUAAAGAAAUUCUUUAUUUUACUCUUAUCGGUAAAUGGAACAUUAUGUCUUUUUGACGAAAUGCCGAGGCAUUUAGCUUACUAUGAUGAUAAAACACCCGUUACUUUCAAUUUUAGUGUUACUCUCUACCGUAAAUUUAAUCAUUUCCAUCUAACUUUCUUCUAUAUGCUCAAUGAUAGAUAUCACGAAAUCGUGUUGAAUUCAUCUCUUGUAACAUUGAUUAAGAGAAGACCUUUUUAUCAUGUAUCUAUGAAAUUUCCUCCUCAACAUUUCGAAUUUCGAAGUCUCACAAAUACUCGAAUAAUUGUCGCGGUUCUAAGAUUUAUUCAAUGCCCUAAAUAUUUUUCUUCUCUGAGCGAUGAACUUGAUAAUAGGAUAAUUGUUUAUUAUGAAAGUUUCGCUCCUCGUGUUGUCUGUUCUUUGAGAUCUUUCAAUCGACAUGAAGAUUCAUCUAAAUAUGUAAAAAGGAUUUUAAAAGGAAAAAUAUUUAUACAAUUUCUAAAGAAGGAUAUCGCAAGCGGCGUUAAGUCUAUUAUGUGUAAAGUGAACUAUACUGAUGAAGGAUGGAGUAGCCCUGAAGAAACUUCAGCUAUUAGAAACUUAGUGGGAAGACAUUAUCAUUUGAGCCAAAAAAAACCAAUAUUAUUGAAUGAAAUGAUAUGUUCAGCACCAGUUGUGAUUGCAAAUACGACUGCAGAGAUUUUUAGACGUGGGAAUAAGCUAUUAUGUACUUCUGAUCAUAAUGGUGAAAACGCAAAAGUAGCAUUUCUUAAAAUCUACGAUAGCGAUAUAAUUGUUGUGGAAAGAGAUGAAUACGAGUUGAAAUCAUGCAAUAGAGAAACACAUUUUUUGAUAAGAUGCAGAAUUAAGAUAGAAUUUUUCGAUGGAACAAUAAAAUACGCCCGUAGCGGAUUCUAUAGUGGUUUUACUUGUUUACUUGGCGAAGAUGAAGAUCUUAUUAGACUUGAUAAAAAGAUAGAAAAACUGUACUUAACAUUUAUCAUUGAAACAGCAGUUGUUGUAAUAUUUAUCAUUUUCGGACUAAUACUUUCUAUCAAGUAUCUAUAUACAACUAGAUGCUCGACCAAAGAAAACGAAUAACAUGCAAGGGGACAGAGGCAUAAUAAAAAAAUAUUAUUUAAAAAGGAAAGAGAAGAGAGAUUUGUCAAUAUUAAGAUAAACACUCAUUUGUUAAAGUAGAUAUUUGUUUAUUUUGAAAGUGAAGAGGAUGAGAUAAAAUGGAAAGAGUGAAAAACUAUUUAUCCUGUGAAUAUCUUAUAUAUUAUUUUCUGUUUUAUAUCCAUUUAAAAAGAUUGUAAAUCUAUAUCCAUAAACUUUUUUAAAUAUAUUCUUAAUAAGGAUAUAAUACACUGUAAAAGAAAUAUGUUAUUUA